AUGGUGGAUUUAUCCUCGGCCGUCGGCUUCGCGGCAAAGCUGAAGCCAGAGCUCAGGCUCGCCCAGGCCAUUUCGGAAUUCAAUGCUUCUCUCAGCAACAAGAACCAGCGCGCCAGAUUCAAGAACUUGCAGUCACAGAGCCCUCCAAGUUCAGACGACAUCAUCAGGCUCACUGAGGAGAUCAACCGGGAUGGUGCCAGGGCCCACCGGUCAUGGAGGCCGUACGGCACUCGACUUGUGGCCAUCCUGGAGCGCAUGCGUCAAUUUGCCCCCAUUGGAGAUGUCAUGGUGGGAGGGUCCCAAAACCUGAUUGCGUGUGGUGUCUGGGCUGUAGUUCGCUUGUCUCUGGAGGUUGAUUUCGCCAUGCUGUUUCCCACGUGCUCGACCCUUCAAUCUUACAUGUGCGAGUACACUAUCGUCAUGGUCCAGAUUUGUGCCAAAAUUGUGCACAAUUGUACCAAGUCCGCCUUAUCCCAACUUGCAGCUUCGCUCACGUCCACAUUUGACGUGACUUUUAAGCCCCUGGAGUCAGACCUCGCAACGUGGGCACAGUUGAUGGAGAAACGCGUCACAUUCCUCCUUGCCAAAUCUGACCUUCAAAGCCAGGAGUCAGUCCUGGAUCGAUUUAACCGUCUACAGGUCACUAUGUCCCGAGAGUCUGCAAGCCGCGAAAAGAAGGAACGCAAGCAUGUGUUGCUUACCUCCCUGUGUCCGGACCAGGGCGAUUUCAACCUUAUCUGGCGACGGGAGAGGAGGAGAGGGACGUCAAGCUGGAUGUAUGAACAAGAUAUCUACAAGAGCUGGUUAUCUUGUCUCACCAGUUCUACUCUUUGGCUCAAAGGAAAUCUAGGAUCAGGGAAGACGGUUGCAAUGGCUUCCGCCGCGGCGCACCUCAUUUCGGCUGCGGCGACCAUGGAGCCUCAAGGUGCCGUUACCGUGUCAUAUUUCUUUUGCCAGAGCAGCAACUCCAAGACCCUGUCCGCCACUGCUUUGCUGGGUAGCAUUACACGACAGGCAUUGCAAAAUCCAGCCCUAGAGCGUUCUCUCAUGUCAUUCCUCGAAAAAACAGAAACCAAACAGCAAGCUUGCACAAAGCUUGAAGAUUAUAUUGCGAUUCUUCUCAAGGCUACACCCUCCAAUUGGCGGGGCAUCUUUGUCCUUGAUGGGCUCGAUGAGAUUCCUAAAGCCGAGAUCGAUGACGUUUUUGGUCAAUUUGAACGUCUUGCAGACCACCGAUGGAUUCAUCUUCUGUGCUCAUCGCGGCCCACAUCACCAUGCUACUCCAUUGCCAAGUCAUACAUGCUUCUGAAGUGGACCCUGUCCAUGGAGACUGCCGACAGAUCUGACGAGAUUCGCGCCUACAUCGCUGCGGAAAUAUCUAGAUGGAAUAGAAUCAGAACCUUGCCAACAGCACUGGAAAAACUGGUGGGGGAACAGCUCCUUGCAGGAUGCCAGGGCAUGUUUCUCUGGCUCUCGCUUCAGAUCGAGGACAUCUGCCCCAGAUACACGCAAGAGCUUCGGUCGGACGCGGAAAUCUUAGAUAUACUGGGAAACCUCCCCAAGGACCUACCAGAAGCGUUUGACAAGGCGUUGUCGCGGAUGCGUGACGACAGAUAUGGCAGCAAGCUCUUCAAGUUGGUUGCGUCCGCAGAGCCACCUCUAAACAUGGAUGAACUACGCGUGGCCUGCAAUGUUGAACCAGGAAACAUCAAAUGGGUCAAUUCAACACUUUCCAGGUCAGGGAAAGCACUUAUUUCGGCUUACGGGGGAAGCCUGCUGGAUAUCGAUGAGGAGGAUCUCCGCGUUCGAUUUAUUCACUACAGUGUGCCCCUGCACCUUACUGCCCCUUCUUCAGAUCCCAAGACUGGUAUCUUCCACUUCGACCUCUCGGAGGCAGAAAUGAUGCUGGGUGCCGUGUGUGUAACAUAUCUGAACUACAGUGUUUUUGAGAACCGGAUCUCAACAGCGCAGAAAGUCUCUUUUGGACAGGUGCCUCAAACAACAGCUAGUUCGGUCAUGCAGUCGGAAGUUUCGCGCAAAGCGUUCACCCUACUGGCGAAAUGCAAGCGUCAGCGUGAUACCAAGGUUGACCUGGAAAGACUGUCCUACGAAUUGCAGAACGCAAGGUGGAGGGUGCAUGAUGACGUCCACCUCUUCCUUGACUACGCCAAGAACCAAUGGCUUUUGUCAAGUCGGAAUAUUUGGAAAGAUGAUCAACAUGGGCUACUCCAGCUCUGGGGGAACUUGAUGACGAACCCAACUGUUUCGGCAUCGCUGCCGUGGACAUCUGGUUUCGAAGCGAUGACUUGGGCCCUCCACAACGGCCAUGCGACUCUCUUCCAGAACUACCUUCACUCAGACGACAAAGACAACCUGCGUGACGCCAUUUCGGCAGCAGUGGGCGCCGCUUCUACCAACCCACCCAAGAUUCAAAUCAGGGGGGAAGGCUUAGGAUGGUUAGCACCUCUCUACAUUGUGCAUCCAUCCUUCAUGGCACACAUUCUUCAAGCGUUCAUCGAGCUGGGUUGCGAACCAUUCACUACAAGCCGCGCAAAGCCCCCCAGUCCGAACUUAUCAGGAAUUUCGCUCUGGAGAAUAGCUGAAUCUCACAUUGUGGCUGCACUCAAAUCACGUUCCGAGACUCCAGAAAUGGACCUGUAUAUUCUUUUUCUCACCAACUACUUGGAAGACUCCAACAUGUUUGCGGAUGGUCCAGCAACGAUCCUACACUAUGCCAUCAACACUUCAAAUUGGGAAUUAUUCCAUGCUUUGGUGCUCCGGGUGACGUUCUCAAGUAAUCAGAGAUACGGCUCCAGCUUCGAGACGGUUUCUCAUUACAUCUGCAAAAAGCCGCUUCAUUUCGAAUUUGCAGUAGCAGCCAUGCUAGCCCUUAUCCAGCGCGGCGCCGAUAUAAACUUGAGGAAUGGGGCUGACGAAACCCCCUUGAUAUUAGCUCUCAAAGCGAGACGUUGGGAGCUAGUAAAUGUGCUAUUUCAACACGGGGCAGACCCAAACAUCGGGGACAGCAGUGGGGCUCGGCCGUUACACUAUGCUGAAGACGCAGAUACCAUAAAAUAUAUGUUGCAACGAGGGGCUUAUCCCAGUGUAGCAACAAACAGAGGCCACGUUACACCUCUAAUGGUGGCGGCACAUCGAGGCCGAGUAGAAGCUGUGGAUGCUCUUCUCAACGCGGGUGCUGAUCCUCAUCUUUGUCUCGAUGCACACUUAACGGCAGAGGAAGUCAAGCUCCUCGACUGGCAACCUAAGGUGGAUGGUGCAUACGGAUCUGGGGGGACGGCCUUUCAUCUAUGCUCUUGGAGACUGGAGGAGGAGCUAGGAAACCUAUGGGGGCAGGAUCGUCGGCCCAUGGCCUUCGGUUCUCAUUCUGGACUUGGAUUCUGUUGCGACCUGAUUUCAGUCGUGACUAAGCUUCUUCAACAUGGAGUCGGGCUCCAACCUCAGUACUCCGCGGUCCUCGCCAGGCUCAGCGAUUAUCUAUCAAGGGGGGUUGGGCUGCCAAGGUGCCUGGGAGAUACGACAGCGAUUUCUGUGCGCUUGGAAAAUGCGAAGAAAUUUAUAGAUGCAGCAAGGCAUGGCAGGGUUUACGAAAGGUAUUAA